AUGUCCGCCCUCACUAAGCCCGCAACAAUCUUCCCCAGCUGGCACUUCAGCCGCUGGCAUGCCGUGGACGACCGCGUUCGGGGCGGGUCUAGCCAGUCUCACUUGGACCCGGUUCCCAUCGAUGUUGGUUCGGCGGUAGGGUACGAUAAGCCUACUGGAGCUAGGUUUUGGGGUACUCUGGACACCAAGACUCUGGGCGGGGCAGGUUUCGCUUCGCAGCGAUACAUCUUUGGGCCGGAACCGCUGGACCUCCCUCGGCUGUCUUACCAAGGCAUCACACUCCGUCUUCUUCCAGACGAGCAGAAGACCGCCUCCUCCUCCACAUCCCCUGCACCAAUAAACGGGAAGUCCCAUCCCGAGGAUCCCCACACCUUCACCCUCGUCCUCAAAACCUCUCCCCCGCAACACACACCCUCCAAGCCCAAACUCCCUCCUAACCCAGAACCCGCUUCCCUCUCUUACGAACACGACUUCUCUCUCUCCUCCCCUCUUCGAUCUUCGCAUACGCCCGAAACGCUCCACUUGUCUUUCGACGACUUCAAGGCGGUUUAUCGGGGAAGGGACGUCCCGACCUCGGAUCCCCGGUAUAAGCCUUUUGAUCCGACCAAGAUCUUUGAGCUGAGUUUGAUGUGCCGGAGCGCGUUUGGGAAGCAGGAGGGAGAGUUCGGGGUGGUUGUUGUUUCGAUGGAGGGGUGGGGAAGGGCGGAGAAGAAGGAGAGGGAGGGGUGUUGGAGGGGCGUGCAGCAGUGGGUGGGGAGCUGGUUGGGUGGAGAGAGGGGAGUGAAGCUUUAG